AUGCCAGUUGUUCCAAGUGCAAAAAAAACGGGUACCACAAUAAGUGAAGAUAUAAAGCAACAAAUAUGUGUCAAAACCAAGGCCUUCAUAUUGAUCGCUCAACAGUCUUCAAAAUUUUAG